UCACUCACGAUCUGGAUGCGUCAUGGCCGAAGAAGCCUCUAUAAAUCUUGGCUCGCGAAACUUCUUACUUUCUUUUUUUUCGGUCUCCGAUGGGGGGACCAGAAUGUACGGACUGACUCCGUGGAAGGUGUCCCGAUAUCUAUAGAAAGUGCGUCAGCUUUUAACCACCGUCUUUUAACCACCGUAUACAUUUAGCAAGUGCUCUAAAAAGAACACUUUCCAUACUCACUGGGCAUCCCCGAAACCGCAACACAAUACCCGGACCAGAAGCGUACAGAUCUAUGGACAAGAUGAACAGCACGAGAGCGGAAAUCAUGAAGAUGCCGGCCCCUCAUAUAUCGCAAAUCACCAAUGAGGAUUUAUUCUCCCGGUCAGAUGUCGACGUCAUCAAAACUCUGGGCAAAGGUGGCUACAGCGAAGUGUUCCUCGCUUCGUGGAAAGGUGUACCUUACAAGUUGGUCGUGAAGAAAUAUCAUAUUGCGGAUGUUGACAAGACCCCCGCAAAUAGAGGUAUCAAAAGAAUGCACUUUGACGCUGAGAUCAAGUGUUUGAAUAAUUUAGAACAUACACAUAUUGCUAAGUUGUUCACAGCUCUUGUGACGUCAUCCGGAAAUUUGGGCUACGUCAUUAUGGAACACUAUCCCGGAGGGGAUCUGUUUCACUUCAGUCACAGAUAUAUGCUGAACGGAGACCAAAUGGCCAAGAUAUUCAUGGGCGUCAGUAUGGCAUUGUCGUACAUUCACGAGAAGAGGAUCUUUCACCAGGAUAUAAAGCCUCAAAACAUUUUGUUGGACGGAUAUGGACGGGCGGUGCUCACCGAUUUUGGAUUAGCCUCGAAGCUGAAGGAAGGACAGAAUUCGGUGACUUCUUGGCAUACCACAAUAGGUCACUAUGGGCCAGAGCUCUGCUUAGGACGCCGGUUUUGUCCAUUCAAGUUGGACAUGUAUAGCUUUGGUAUCACUUUGUGGAAGACUGUCUUCAAACUAUCAUCAACCGCCUUUGAUCCCUUCACAUUUACGCAUACCUGCACAAGCCUCGUUCCCUAUUUCAAAGAUGCCCUUCUGAAACUUCUCCACCCUGUCCCUUGCGCCCGCUGGGACUCUGGCCAGUUUGAGAACCAUUUCCGGAGUACCCCACGCAGCACUCAAAUUUUCAUAAUGCAGCCGCAAGAUCCCACUGCACAUUACAUUCUGCUAGCUCAGAAGCGAAACCCCAAUGCAGUUCCUGUACCGCAACCGCUUGCAGUAGUGCCAUUUUAUACCUUUCGGUUUGGGUAUACUCGCUAAAGACAAAGAUCCUACACUACCAGAUGGUUCACUCCUCUCUUUGAGCUUUGAAAAAAAAACGUCCUUAAAAAAAAGCCCAGUGCUUUGCGAACGGCUGACUACGGAAAUAUAGAGAAAAAAUUCAGAAUGAAAAUAUCAGGGUACAGUUAUGUCGUAAGAAAAUGUUAUGGCCUGAUUUUAGUAAUUUUUUAAUAGAUUAAAAUUAAGAAUGAAUAAAGUAACAAGUGAAGCUCCUGCGGGCUUUAAAGUUGUUUAUAGGCCUUUUUGAGCUCGAUUUAUCGUGACCAAAAAAGUUAAGUCGAUAGUGCCGUAAAACAAAUACUCAAUCAGUCAGUCAAUCGAUUUAUCGUCACCAUCGCUCACCACUCUUCGUGGAUGGAAGAACAGCAGUUGAUCUGCUUGUGCAAGGGGAUGCUAUUCCUAUUCUUCUCGAAAAACUUCAAAACAGCGACAGUUGCCCCGUCUAAAAAAAAACCAGGUUGCUUUUUUGGCGAGUGAACCAUCUGAUUAUGCAGGAUCUUUGCUAAAGACGCAGCUUCAACGGAUUUGAAUUUUUGCAUGUACACCCUGUUAUCCCCCCCCCUCCCCCUCUUUUCCCUCGUCCCUAACUUUCACCCAAAAAAAUAGGAUUUAAACAAAUCAGAAAACUAGAUGCGACUUCUUCGUGUUCAGUAGGCCUUUCCCCAUUAUUUAAUUUCCCUUUGGCAUCUAAUGUACUUGUGUUUAAUGUUAAUGCUAGAGAUAAGAACUGAUUACCAGCUCGGACAAAGCUGUGAGUGAACAUAAGUAGUAAUUUGAUAAGUCCCACAGUUUAACAUCUUAGAUUUUUGAAUGGAUUCUAAACAAACGGAAAUAUUGUUCUAUCUGCCUAAUGCUUGAAAGUCGCUAGAAAUAGAAAGCACCAUAAUCUUUUUCACAGCUUAAAACAAUCUAUUUCUACCCUCAGUCACUUUUUUCUCUAAUCUUUUGUGACCCUGGAAUUCUGUACAUGAUCCGUUGAAUUAUGUGCGUGUGUACUGUUUUUCGUGUGUCAUGUGUACCGUGCGUUGUGGGCGUGUACCUGUGUACAUGUAUGCGUGUGCAUGUGUGUGUGUGUUUUGUGGAGAAAACGGGCAUGAAUAUAAGGCUAAAAUUUUUAUGUAAAAACAUGCAUUUAUUUCAAUUUUUAGAUAUUCAACAGCUUUUAUACUACUUUGUAUACAUGUUUUUAAAGUGCAACAUUAUGCUGGUUCUAUUGAUUGGGGCACCUUCAAAACAAGGCUAUUUAUAGGAGCAGGACUCGAGCAAAUUUUAAUUUUAAUGUUCUUAGCUGACAUGCAUUGCAUUUUUUUGACAGGUAGAAGAAAAAAUGCCAUUGGUCUUUCAAAGUUAUUCUUGGAUUUUUAGCAUUUUUAAAACAAUAAAGUAACAUGCUAGUCGUGUCCAUGCCCAGCC